AUGGAUCACCUCGACUUAAUCAAUGACUUCAUUGAAUCCCUUCCUUCUCUCGUCAAAGACAGUGUUCCAGAGGAUCUUUGCUGCCCAAUAUGCCUCGUAUCCUUCGAAGAUAUCUUCAAAGACAUGUCAACUGAAAUACCUUUAGGAGGGGUUACGAUGCUGCCAUCUUGUCGGCAUAUAUUUUGUCGGAAUGACUUGACUGAAUGGAUACGGAACAUGCAUGGAAGUUGUCCAUCUUGCCGGCGUGUUUUCCUCGAUAUCCGACCGCCUUCAGACUCGGAUGGAGAGUCCUCCGACGGCGGUGAAUAUCUUCCAACUGAAGAGGACGAAGAGGAAGAAGAUUUGUAUCUGCUCGAUACCGAUGACAUGCUCGAAGCGGACGAAUUUGACUUUGAAAUGGAGGAGGUGGACUUGGAUAUAUAUCAAAAUUGGGAGCCUACUGAUGUCGAGGACAAUAUCGAGGAUGUAUCUUCGGAAUGGGGUCUGACCGAUGGAGAUUCCCUCUCAAAUUCAGACGGUGAUAUUAGCUUCGAAAGUGACUCAGCUCCUACUCACAGUGACGACAAUGUCAUUAUUCAACAGGAUGCAGACACUAAUCUUGACAUUGACUUUUCGGACGAGGAUGAGAAAUAA